AUGUGUAAAGGACUUGCAACACUUCCUACAACUUGCAUGAAAAGUGCCAAAGACAUCAAACAUAAAAUUAAGUCCUUAAUCCACAAACAUGAUCCCCAAGCAACGGAUCAGAAGCAAAUAAAAGAGAAGACUGCUGCUGCAGCAAAGAGCAUUCCUACUCCAGCUGAGGUGAAGAAGUGGAAGGAGUCUUUCAGCCAUGUGAUGAGCAGUCAAACGGGUCGUAGGGUCUUCACCAACUUCCUGAGGUCAGAGUUCAGCAAGGAGAACAUGGACUUCUGGGUCGCCUGCGAAGACUACAAGAAGUGUGAACCUUCCAAGCUGGUGAAGAAAGCCAAGCAGCUCUACAAGAAACACGUUGAGGCAGAUGCUCCUAAUGAGGUAAACUUAGACGAGAUGACCAGAGAGGGAACAAAGUGGAACCUCGAGAACACCUGCCCAUUUUGUUUCAACGACGCUCAGAAGAUGAUUUACACCUUGAUGGAGAGAGACUCCUACAGGCGCUUCCUCACCUCCAAACUGAUCCAGGAUCUGUCUCAAACCCAGUCCACCGCUGCUCAGAAACAGAAGGAGAUUAAAAACUGGGCAAAUAACAGGAAGGUGUUAAAUAACUCUUAA